GCAACAUCCGGGUACUGGCGGCAUUCUUCCCCUGUUUGGGCGUACUUCCGCACUCGCCAAGCCAAGUGCGGAAGUUGGCGGUAUUAAAACGCACUUGCGCAUUCACAAUGCUAAGCUUAAGUGCGGAAGUGCGCGAGUUGAAAUAGCCUCUGACGCGUAACCGGAAGGAGGUUUCCCAAAAGUGAAACAACACGACCAACUUUGCUACCGCUCCACCAGUACGGCGGCAAGAUGGCGCCCAGAGUGGAUGACGUCAUGCGUCUGUGCUGCGAGAUUUCGGCCCACAAUGACAUCAAAGUAGCGGUGAAGAACUCGGCCAAAGGAGCCAUGUUGGCGGGAGGAAGCGCGUUUGUUGGCGGCAUGCUUGGCGGACCUCCGGGUAUCGCUGUUGGUGGUGUCGUAGGGAGCCUGCUGGGAAGCUGGCUGACUAGUGGUCAGUUCCGGCCUCUUCCUCAGAUCCUGAUGGAGUUGCCGCCCGCCCAGCAGCAGAAGCUGUACAGGGACGUCAUGGCCAUCCUGAGCGGUCUGGACUGGACGGACGCGGCCCAGCUGGUCGCCAUGGUGAUGGGCAGCGCCACGCUACAGCAGCAGGUCACGGCCGCCCUGCUCAACUACAUCACCAAGGAACUGAGAGCGGAAGUUCGUUAUAGAGACUGACAAAAGGAAAUUUGGAACUCUAAGAGUUGUAUUUUUCUACUUGAAUGUUUUCUAGCAAUUAAGACUUUUUUGGGGGCGUUUCUUCAGUGGCAAAGAACAAACUCAUGUUUUGCACACACUCAUUUUUAACUGAUAUUGUUUACAAAAAUGUCACUCUGCAUCAGGGGGAUUACGUCAUCACUGGCCUAAAUUAAUAAAAUGAAAAAUUCAUUACAAACAAUAAAUAAAACAUUUUUCGUUUAAAAUGUCGUCAUUUGAAAGAAAUACCCGAUUUAAGAACUUCAUUAGUUCAUGAACAGGGUUUGUUAAUAAAAAAGUUUGUAUAGUGAAGCAACAUAAGAAACAAUGUAAAUAAUAAUAAUAAUAAUGGGGUUCCAGCCUGGAC